UUAUCCUAGGGUGGAGGAUGGGUUAAAGGGACAUGGGAGACUUGCUAAAUUUGAGGCAUUAGCGGGCCGGCCAGGAUGCCUAGGGCAGGCCUUUCAAUGUAAGGGUCCCGGAUGCCACCAGGGGGAUGAGUCCCACCCAGUCCCUGGGCUUUGUGAGACCUCCCUUUUCAGUCCCUAGUUUCCGGGUGUUGGGAGAUCCUCCGACAAGUCCCAGGUGGAGGGAGCCUCCUCCCGGUCCCUGGGUGUCGGAGCCCCGCGCCCCAGCCCCUGAGGCCAGGCAGCCCCCUCCCGCCCAUCGUCCGCGGGUUUGGGCACCCCUCCCCCACCCGUGAGCAUUCGGAGCUCCUCCCCCCACAGUCGGGGUCUGGUCACCGCCGGCGAUGGCGGCCUGGGCACCGGCCGGGGUUCUGGCUCUGACCCUGUUCGUCUGGGUGCUGGCUCCUGCGGGAGCGGUGGACGCCAUGGGCCCUCACACGGCCGUCCGUCUGGCCGAGCUGCUGACCCCGGAGGAGUGCGGCCAUUUCCAGUCGCUCCUGAAGGCGCCGGAGCCGCACGUCGAGGACGAGCUGACCAGGCUUUCUGAGGAUCGGCUGGCCCGGCCCGAGCCUCCGAAGCCCACGACUGCGUCACCAGGCGGGCCGUGGCGGCGGCGGCGGCGGGAGGCGUCAGGAGCCCCGGCGGGCGGGGAGGCCAAACCCGCGGAGACCUCCGACGGCUGCCGCGAGGGGCUGGCGGCCUGGCUGACAGCCCAGGCGCCGACACUGUCUUGGGACCGCGUGGCCCGGGCCCUGCGGCGCAGCGGCCGCCCCGACGUGGCCCGGGAGCUGGGCAAGAACCUCCACCAACAGGCAACGCUGCAGCUGCGCAAGUUCGGACAGCGCUACCUGCCGCCGCCCGGCGACCCCGCAGCCCCCGGGGCCUCCGCCCCGCGCCCCCGUCGCGCCCUGGCGCCUGAGCCCAACUGGGACGAGCUGGAGCUGACCGUGGAGCGACUGCCCCAGGCGCCGUACCAGCGGAGCCCCACUGGCUGGGCCGGGCCGCUGACGCUUGGCUUCUUCACCGGCUUCAUGGGGGCGCUGGGCGCGGGGGCACUGCUCAUCCUGCUCACGCUGUGGGUCACCGGCGGCGACAGCGACGGGAACGGCGACCGAGCACGGCACGGCGGCACCGGCCGGCCUGCCGUUGCCCUGCGCAGGCCUGUCGAGGCGCACGGCUGGUGGGAAGCAAAGCCGCUGUUGACCAAAGAGCAGCGCGCGCCUCCGGAAGCUUGGGCUGCGCGUGGGCCAGAUCCCUCCUCUUCUCAGUGCCCCCCGCUGUAAAAUGGGACCACAGUCAUGGUGAAGUGCUGCCCCUGGCUUAUAAAAGUUACGAAAUACGCAAAGGAGGGAGCAAUCUGUUAGUUUGUGGGAAAUGACUGGUGCUAGCCAGUGGGGCUACUGGUGGAAAUGGGGCUCGGGUGCCCAUCUACCUGGGUAGGAUACAGGCCCUCCCCAGUUCGUGUCAGCUUUAGUUCCUUCUUAUCUGGCAAUUAUUCUUCCACCAAGAUCUGCCAUCUAUUGAGCACUAACUGUGUGCCAGGCUCCAUGCUCAGCAGCUACAUACAUUAUUUGAUAUAACCUUCAAAACCCAAGAAGGCAGGCAUUAUUUCCAUUACACAUUAGGAAACUCUGGCCAUGGCCAGUUGGUGGCAUAGCCAGAUUUUUAAAUCCAGAGCUGCCUGAGCUCAAAGUUUGGGCUCCAGAGGGAAGGAUGUGGAUCAGUAACAGAGCUUGGGAAACAUGAUGAGGACCAGAAUAAGAUGUGGAUCUUCUGUUUACUCUGAGGCCCUGCUGAAGCAUGCAGGAAGCAACAUAGCCAGUGUGUUCCCACUUCCAGUGGCUGCUGCCUCCAAGCUGCUCUCCCCACUCAGGCAAGGCCCCCUGAUAUACCUGGUGCCCCCAAUUUUCCCACCCAGCUAUGUGGCUGGGGAGCUGAUUCUGGUGAGCCUUCACGCAGACUCUGUCCCCCCACCACAGGGGAUGGCAGGACAGUUGGGGGGUCCUGCCGAGUGGGUGUUUGACUCCCCAGCCAGCCUGGACUGCGGGGCUUUGAUGUAAGAGCAAUGACACAAUGACAGGCCAGUCUAAGAGGAGAGUUGAAAACAAGAUUGACGUAACCCUUUAUUGCAAAUUCUAAAGUAAAAAGAUGUACAGUACAAAGUAAAAUUGAAAUUUCAGACUAUAAACUUCCAAUCCACUUACACAUUCUCAUUUCUCAAGCAUUUCUGCCAUUUCUGCAUAAACAGAAGAGGGAACAAGUCGAGGGGGUGAGGGAAGGAGAUACAGCAAGGGGAAAAAAUUGUCUAGAAUAAUCACAAACCCCAGAAGCAAGUGAAAGGAGAGACAUUUUCUCGACCUGCUGUCCUGGUGAUGAGAAGCGGAGGUGGUUGGAGCAGUGCAGUUUAAAAUGGCUCUCAGAAUAGCAGCAUUUAUGGUACCAUUUCAUCUUCCUUAAGUCCAAAUAGUACUUUGCCCUUCCCUAGUGCCUUUGCCUCUGUAUCUCAAAACACUUUACAAAACAUUUAGUUAAAGCCUCACAACACCCCUGUGAGGUAGGUCAGUAUUAUUAUCCCCAUUUUACAGAUGGGGAAACUGAGGCACAGAGAGGUUAAGUGACUUGCCCAAGGCCACACAGUGAGCCAGCAGUUGAACUGGGGAUGGAACACAGAGUUCUGUCCCUUUUCUGGAACCACUGGACCACACUCCCCUUUACCUAUAUACAUUCUUCACACACACACACACAACACGUGCACACCCACCCACCCUACCCCACUUAGCCUCUAUGUACAGCAAACAGCAGUGGGGGGCAGGGGCCGGGGAUGCCUCAGGAGCAUUUCAAUGGAGGAAAUCUCGGUAAUCUUGGAAAGGGAAUCCAAGUAAGCACAGAGCUGAGCCACAGUGCAGACUGUGCCAACCUUGGGGCCCUCCCAGUCCAGACUUCCUCUUCUCUCCUGGUGUUCCCCUGGCUGGCUGGCUGCAGCCAAUUCUUUAGGGGGUGGGGGUACCUGAAAAUGAACGAAGCUUUUUGCAAAACUUUGGGCAACAUCUGAGAAAAGAGAGGCAUCAUUAUAGAAGAUGCCCAGGACUCAAGUCACAAAGCCAUAACCCAUGGCAACUUCACCUCCACAGCAGGCCUAGAGGCUGGGGCCAAAGGGAGGAGUAGGGGGACUGACAUACCAGCCAUCUGCCUCCAGAGUGGAGCUACUGGUGAGGACUAGAGUGGGCACUUCAAAAUCCUCCUGAGUGUUACUGGGCCGGGAGACAUGGCCUAGAAGGCAAGUCCCCAAAGCAGAGCAGAGUGAGGGAAGGGGUGGGGUGUCCCUCUCCCCUGCAUGAAUGUGAAUGAGACCAGCCCGAGUCUGCUGGGUUAUCUGAUGGGGUGAUGGAGGGCAGGGCCCAGCAUUAGCUAGCAGAGUGGGAGGCUGUUGGGCAUCAUGCUCGACUGAGCUUUGGGAUAGUUUUUUCUUGACAUAGUGGUAAAAAGGCAGAAGGCCAGCCCAGCUGGGUUGGCUGACAUCAUCUCUGCAGGCUCUGCCAGGUGGACUGGUGAGAAAGAGGUUUCAUGGGUCUUCAAGCACCGGCCCGGCAGGGGAGGAAUGCCACAUGCAAUGGGUGAGUGGGGUUGGGGGUGGGGGAGUCAGGACCUUGCGUUUCUCUCCAAUCUCUACUUCUCAGCCAGAACUUUGCAAGAGACCCUCUGACUUCUCUCCUUUCUAUUCCCCUCCGGUCCCCAAAUGUGCUAAGGUCCCAAUUCCCAGACCCCUCCCAGGACUCAAGAAUUGGCAUAGUCAAGCAACAAAUACACACUAAGACAGGCUUCCCUUGUACAGUAAAAAGGGUCGUUUUUAUUUUGUUUCCUUUUGGCUUAUAGUAGUGAUGUACUUUUUAUCACGUCUCAGAGCAGUGUUGGCCUCCAUGCAUUCACUAAUACACUAGUCUUCACUAUUGGUCUUUUACAUGUUUACAUUGGUUGCAGCGAAAAAUAAAUGAACUCUGGGCACUGCUGUUCCAGGGGCUUUGACUGGGACUUUCUGUUUACCUCUUCCCGGUCAACUUCUGAUGCCAAAAGUGGCUUUAGAGAGGAGUGUGAGUAGGUCAGGUUGAUUUAGCAAGUUUUUUCUGCUCUCACCCUCUGCCUUAAAUGAUGAAGUCUCCUCAUCUAGGCAACAAGGAGGUUCAGGGAGGAAGAGGGAAGUAUUUUUCACACACAAAUCAGCAACUGUGUCAGCUGCUGCUCAGUGGCUUUGGCUCUGCAUUUGAAAUUAACAGCAUCACACGUCUUUUUGCUUUUUGUCCUUUUUUAAAGGUGAAUUGUGGAGUAUAAAUAAGUGCACCAAGGACCUGGCUACAAAAAAUAAAUAUUUAUAUUAUAUUUAUAUAUCUAUAUAUAUAUGUGCAGUGAUACUGUGGCUGCUGCUUUUUGAUUGGCUUCAUUAAUACUUGGCAAAGCAUUGCCACUUACUCACUCCGUGAAGACAUACAGAAACGUCAUCACUGACUCUUCCAGUUUAAUGCCUGUUAACUGCAGGUGUAAACUGCUGGUGAUGGUGUCACUUACUACCAAAGAACUGUGGAGCAGGGCAUGUGAGUGGUGGGUGGGUGCAGCAGUGGGCGAGGAAAGAGAAGGUGGGAAAAGUUUGACAAAAAAAGUGAAACUUCAAAUAAAGUGGAGGUGGCUUCUUCCCUAUGAAGCUGGCUGAUGGGUGUCAGAUACCAAGGCCCAUGUGUGUCACUGAAGAGAUGGCCUCCUGGGCUGGGGUCAGGGUCUAGGGGAGGAAAAAGCUCAGAUUUCAGAAAAAUCUCAUUAAUAUGCUCUAGUAGCUUAAUGACAUUACUUGCAUGAACACUUGGAAUCUUAAAGCUCUGUUGCCCAUCUCAAGACCAAAGAACAAUUAUGAAGUUUAGCCAAAUCUUGCAUAGAAGUGGUUAGAAUUUAUUGCACAUUGGAACAAAAAUAUAUAUUUUUUGUUGUUUUGGAAAAGACCGUUAUCAAUAAAAAAUUUUUUGUCUGUCUGUCUGGUUUGGGGAUGUACAUUGGCUGACAGCAUCUAAGUUCUAAGAAGAAAGAAAAGUAUAAAAAAUAAAAAUAAACAUGACAAUGGCAUAAGCCAGAAGCCAUUUCCUAUUUAAUAAGUUAAUAAUUUGUAUUUACAAAAAGGCAUGCCAAUAAAAUAAAAUGAUAUAUUACAGUAUUUAUAAUUCUCUUAAAAAGAAUAACCACACGCCAGCUUCUAUUUUGUGCUGUUUCCAAUGUAGCCUGUACAUGUCACUAUACAUUCAUCCUAGCAGUUAGCUGGGUCACUGAAGGAAAUGCCUUCCCAACCUGGUCUCAGGUGUGUAAGAAAGUUCUAAGGAUGAUGCCGCAGAAGCAGGCUUACGAGAGCUGGACAGAGUUUCUAAUGGUCCAACAAGAUAGAAAGCUCUGCUUACUGAUUUGCUUUUGCUGUGGUUUGUUCUAUGCAAAACUAGUCAGUGGACUACGAAAUUACAUCCAAAGUGCUUCUACUGCAAGGCAGAUUGGUGUGUCUGAUUAUGGACUGUUUCCCCCCCUCUAUUUUAGGGUUCUGGGAGAAUUUAUUUUGAUUUGGUUUGUCAUGCUAAAAUCUCUCCUCAUU